ACUUUAUACUAAGUCUGGGCGGCAGUCAUUUUGGUUUAUCCUUGCUUUUGAUUGCUCGACCUGUGUUGAUUGGAAUUGUGCAUUUUGGUUGUGAAUUGAAGCACUCUUCCAGAAUUGAAAACACUCUGUGUUAUAGAGCGACCAAUUAUUACCUUUUAAACGAAUCUGUACGUGAUCUAUCCAGACAGGAUAGAAUAACAGUUAUUUGUGGUGAUUGUUUAGAUUUGAUCAAUUGAACAAUUAUUGGUUGGAUAGCUGAGUGGUUAUAUUUGUUUAGAACCGUCAUCUCACCCAAUUACUUUGUUUUGGUUUCAAUCGGGCGAGGGCGCGUAUCUAACUCAUCCAGACAGCUGUCCUUCACUCCAAACCGUAGUUUGGAUCUUACAGUUCUAAACAAAUAAUUUGGUCGAAUUCGUUGGUUUUCGUUUCGCUGAUUUCAAUCAUUGUCUCUGGGAAUAUUUGGUCGUUCGCUUGCGAUGUCAAACGAUCGUCGAAAGAACUUAAGUCCAAGGCUCGUGGAAGCUAAAAGAGAUGAACAAAAGGAUGGAUCCCCUGAAUCAAGGCAAGUGCCUUAUGGUGCUUCUAUGUGUCAUGGUUCAUAUUCUAAUAGGGACGGUUGUAAUUAUAGUGAAUCUAGUUGUGAUAUAAUGGCAGAUGGAAUAGAAAACCUUAGUUUAGACGUAAAGCAAGCGAAAAGCGCGAUGCCUAUGGCACCUUUCGUAGGUCUAGAGUUACCAAAGGUUGAGUUAAGUUAUUUCGACGGUCAACCUAGAGGUUAUUGGAGGUUUUUAAGGGAGUUUGAGACCUAUGUGGAAUCAAAGGUCAAGGAUGAUGAUCAACGCUUGCUUUAUUUGAUACAUUAUUGUAAGGGUAAAGCGAAAACAGCCAUUGAGGGUUGUAUUAUGUUGGAAGCCUCUUCUGGUUACAAGAAGGCCAAAGAGAUUCUAAAACGGUUAUUCGGACAGGCGCAUGUAAUCGCUCGAGAGACACUAGAAGACUUAUUCAAUGCCGUGAAUUUUGAUUAUACCGACGGAGAGCAACUAUCAAACUUGGCUAUUAAAAUGGAAAACUGUGCUAUGAUCUUGGAACAGAUGAAUUAUGUCUCUGAUCUAAAUUCCUUAGUUACCUUGGAAAGAAUAGUGAGACUCUUGCCUCAGCCUAUGCAAACCCGGUGGGCGAACUGGGUGGAUGAAUUGACUGAAGAUAACAGGGAACCGACCUUUGGCGAGCUCACUCAGUUUAUCGCAUCGCGUGCGAGAGUGGCUUGUAGUAGAUUUGGACGGUUAGCAAAUCGUUCAAGAAAAGGACAUAACGUAAAGACGAACUGUCACGUGCAAUCGGAGCAAGGGAAUAGUUCGACAACGAAAACUAAAUGCAGUAUGUGUUCCUACGACCAUGCUAUUGAUAAAUGUCCCCAGUUCUUAGCGCUUACAGUUCAAGACCGAUGGUCUCACGCUAAAAGCAAGGGUAUCUGUUUCGUCUGUCUUAGACAAGGACAUAGAGUUACUGAAUGUAAGCUGACAAAGCGUUGUAACGUUAAUGGUUGCGAAAAGAAACAUCAUUCUUUGUUGCACAGCGAAAGUGAUAAACCUGGUAUCUCGAUUUGCUGCGGAUAUACUAAAUCACUAAUCAGUCAAGUGUGUUUAGGCAUGAUUCCCGUACGGUUGAAAUCGCGUAGAGCCGAGAUUGUGGGUUAUGCUCUCUUGGACAACGGUUCUGAUGUGACACUGAUAAAAUCAAACUGUUUGAGGUCUCUCGGGCUGAGCGAAGACCAAGCAUCAGUGGUAGUUGAGACUGUGGGCGGUAAUAGAACAAUGAAGGUCACGAGUGCGUCUUUUGAGGUAUAUUCUUUAGAUCGAUCUGAACAUGUUACGAUUGAAGGAGCUCUGAUUGUAGCAAGUGUACCAGGUCAUAAGCCAACAAAGUCAGCAAUGAACAACCUAGUUAAGUGGCCGCAUUUAAGUGAUGUGCCAAUAGAUAGCCUAGACUGUGAAGAAGUUUUACUGUUGAUUGGUUGCGACGUACCAGAAGCACAUUGGGUGUUAGACCAACGGUUGGGUGGAAGGAAGAACCCGUACGCUGUGAAAACGUUGCUGGGGUGGACGGUUGGAAGAAGAAGAAGAAGAAGGAGACCUCCGUAGAUUUACAGUGACAUUGCGUCAAGCUUCGUGUGGGCAGUUUCUAAGUUAAGGAAGUUUGUGCAGCAGUCGAAUCAGCAGAAGAUAAAUAGUGAAUUGUCAGCGAGGCCCUCAUCCAACAGCAUGGGUGGAGUUUGGGGAAGAGUGACUAGGUCUAUACCACGAGUGUUAUUGUUGAACACCAGAGAACAAGUGAAACAGAUCUCCUUGAAGCUUCGGAUUAGUCUUUGUUGUUAUUAAUGUAGGUAGGUCGAGUAGGCGUACUGUUGUAAGUCCUACUCGUUCCUAUAGUGUCAUAUGCUACAUAAUGAAACAUGACCAUAGGCAUCAAGGUAGCUUGUGUGAUAUGGAGGAAUUUUGGGGGCCGGUGUAAGAUCCAUUUUGAAUGCUUUGUGUGUUUCUGAAAAUCCCUCCAUGUAUAUACUUGCACUUUGUUCCUAUUGAUCCUCUUAGUUGUACAUUGUUAACUUUUGGCUACAUUUGAAUUGUUAAUAUUUGUAUUUUAUUAUAGUUUUCGUUUUUACUACACCUUCACUAAUUCCUCAUGUUUCUUCCCGAACUGCACUUAUGUUGUUUUACUUUAUACUAAGUCUGGGCGGCAGUCAUUUUGGUUUAUCCUUGCUUUUGAUUGCUCGACCUGUGUUGAUUGGAAUUGUGCAUUUUGGUUGUGAAUUGAAGCACUCUUCCAGAAUUGAAAACACUCUGUGUUAUAGAGCGACCAAUUAUUACCUUUUAAACGAAUCUGUACGUGAUCUAUCCAGACAGGAUAGAAUAACAGUUAUUUGUGGUGAUUGGUAAUUUUCUUGCAUCCUUUAUCAACUUUCUUAUUUAUUGUAGUUUAGAUUUGAUCAAUUGAACAAUUAUUGGUUGGAUAGCUGAGUGGUUAUAUUUGUUUAGGUAAUAAUGUACACUUAAAUUUAUGAUAAAUUAUAGAACCGUCAUCUCACCC